AUGCUUGAGACGUUGCGAAAUAAUUUGCCUCCUUCUGUAAAGAUAGAUAAUAUUUCCUUGUCAUAUAUAAAUCGUAUUUUUCCAGAGUUCAAACAUACGCCGUAUUUUAUUUUGUACAAAGAAAAUUCGAUCUCACUGGAUCGCCUUUGAAGUAUUCAUUUAAAGGAGAGGACGAUUUUGAAGAUAGCACAAUUUUGGUAAAGCAAAAUUGGUAUGAAGGAGAAGAAAAGUAUUUACCACUGAGUAGAACAGAAGCAUGGUAUUACAUUAAGAAUGAUCUCUACAGUAUAACUAGAAUUAUAUUGAAUGUAUGUAUUGACUUCAUAAAUGAUUCUUUUCCUCCAAUAUUUGCACUUUGCGAUAGCAAAGAUCAUAAGAAAAGCAAAUUGUUGGGUGCAAUGAUUGAAGGAGAAUGGUUUACGACCAUAGAAGCUUUUACAGUUGAUAAUGAAACUUUUGAAACUAUUAAAAACUGUUCCUCUAAAAUAUUUCAAGAACACUUAGAACUUUCACAUGCAAGUGAGCAAGAUAUUAUUGUCUCUGCAUUUAAUGUUUUUGAUUUGUUUGGAACAAAAGAAGAAAUAAUUGGCAAAGAUAAAAAUGUAGGAAGUAACUUUGAAGGGAGUUUAAGUGUUGAAGUAGACACCUGUAGUUUAUCAAGUACAUCCACAAGAACAUCUAAAAAUAUUUUAAUUGCUCAAAUUGCUACAAACUCAAAUAAUAGUCCUUUAAAAGAAUUGUGGAAACAACUAUUAUUGUUAAAUCAAUAUUUGAAUAUAGUGGAAAAUUAUGCAAAAGAUGAAGAUUCUCAUUAUAAUUCAAUUCCUUUAAAAUUUCCACAUGAUUUUAUCAAUCCCUAUAAAGAGGAAUUUGAUACAAUACUGAACAGUUUAAAUCUUUUGUUAAAUGGAGAUUACAGUUUUAGAAGUACUAGUGAUACUAAGAAACAUAAAACUAAUUUUUCGAAUGAAGAAAAUAUAGAAAAUGACAUGAAAAUCCAUCAAUGUAUAAAAAGCCUAUCAUUUAGAUACAAUUUGGAUUUUACAGAUUUUUUAUGGGAAUUAUUGAUAAGUCAAUUUUACAAAUUCAACAAAAUUUGCUAAGAUUAUUACCAAUCCACAUCAGCAAAAAAUAAUUUCACAUCUAUUAUCGGGUAGUUUACCAUUAGAAUAUGUUAUAGAUAUGGGUUUUGAAAAAUUAUGCAAAGAUUACAUAUCUAUUUUAGCAAAUAUAAAAUUUGGUGAAUUGCAUGAUGUUCAACAAAAAUUAAAAAAUGUAUCUUAUAAUGAGUUUACAGUUAAUACUUAUAGAAAAAGAUUGUUAUAUUUGGUACAAAUUCAUGUAUGUUUGGAAUUUAUAUUAUUAAUACAAGAUAAUUUAGAAUGUUCAAAUGACGAUUUAAAAACUUUGUUUUGCUGUGCAUUCAAACAGUAUGUCAAUGAGAAAUCACCAAUACAAAGUUGCUGUGAUAUACAUCAAAAUAAAAUUUAUACUUUAACACUUCCCCUUCCUGUUUCGGCAAUAAAUCAUUUAAAUGAAAUCCCAAGUCUGAGAAGAAUUUCACUUUCAUCUCAAUCUAAAUUAACGAAACUGACAACAAUUAAAUGUUAUAGCCAGUUAUCAAUUUUUCCAACGAAUAUAUAUCCAUUAGGUAAGAUCAUUCUAUCUUAUAGACUAAAAAUAUGAUAUUUAGGAAAAUACAUACAUAAAACUUCUUAUGACUUUUUUUUUUUAGAUGAUUCAAGUAUAAUAAGUGAAGGAUAUCAUGUGAUUAAUGCAAUUUGUUCAUCUAAUAAAUUUAAAUAA